UUCAAAAUGGUGGAAGGAUCACAAGAACAAUCGAACAGAGAAAAGCAUAUUUUUACAUUCAAAGACUUUGAGCCAGUACCUGAUGCUGUCUUUGACUAUCCUGGCUCUAUUCGUGAUGGAAAGGUUCCUUUGGUCAUCGACAAUGGAGGCUACCAAUGCCGUGCUGGAUGGGCAACAGACAGUAAGCCAAAGCUUGUGUUCAGAAAUCUAGUAGCCAAGUCAAGAGGAAGAAAGGGAGAASCAGACUCUGGAGGUAUUGCUCUUGGUAAUGAUAUUGGUAACCUGGAAAUGCUCCGCUGGUCUGUCAAGACACAGUUUGAUAGGGAUGUUGUAACACAUUAUGAAUGCCAGCCACAAGUUCCUCAAAACAACUCGAGCAAGAAUGAGGAAAAAGAUAAACUACGUCGACAGAAGCAGGGAAAACGUUUACAGGAGAUUAACGCAAGGAGACGCGAAGAAAAGAUCGCUAGAGAAGAAGCAAGACUCAAAGAAUUAAACGAUAUAAAAGAUUUGGAAGGCAAAGACGAAGAUGCGUUCAAGGCUGCUUUAAAAGGAGGUGGUUUUCAGACAAGUCAGUCUCUACAGAAUGCCAUCAAAAACCUAAUCACAUCCAUGCAGAAAAGAAAAGAAAAACUUGCAGCGAUGCAAGCAGCAGCAGAAUUGGAUGAAGCGGGCCAGGCAUCCGGUAGUGGUGUUUUCAUUGGUGUAGACAGCACAUCCUCUGAGCAGCCACAGAGUCAAGACACCAAGAAGAGACAACGAAGCCCCAGGGGAGACACCAAGGGAGAAUCAAGCGCCGAAAAAAGACUAAAGGAGGAGAAAAAACAAGAAAUGCAAAAAGCGCAAGAUAGUGGCCAGCAAGAAGAGGCUUUCAAAUCUUGGCUGGCAGGACUGAAAAAAAGAAGAGAGGAAAUUUACGAAGCACGGCAACAGCGAAGACAAAGACGAGAAGAACUGGCAACACGACGAAGCCAAGCUUCCAUGGAGAGGAUGAGGAUACUGUCACGACUUGCUUAUGAUCCCAAUGUGCGUGAUGACGGGACAACUCGACAAUCUCACAAGAAGAACAAAGAAGACACGUUUGGACAAAACGACGACGACUGGAUGGUGUACAGGGCAAUUAAUAAAGAUGCCGGUGAUUCAGACAGCGAAAAAGAACAAGAAGAAUUAAACGAAUUAGAGAAUCUCCUGAAAAAACAUGACCAAGAAUUCGCAAGAUCCGAGGAGUCCAAAGGAGCACCACUGGACUGGGGCGAGUACCAUCAGCUUCAUCUUGGAGUAGAGCGAAUAAGAGUUCCAGAGAUACUCUUUGAGCCAUCCAUGUUAGGAAUCGAACAGGCUGGAAUAACAGACACAAUGGAUUUUAUAUUGAACCACUAUUCACCACGGAUACAGAAUUCUCUAGUGCAGAAUAUCUUUCUAACUGGAGGAAACACCAUCUUCCCUAACUUCCAGCAGCGUCUAGAAAAGGAACUUCUAGCAAUAAGACCAUUCAAGUCUUCAUUCAAGAUCCACAAGGCAGCCAAUCCCAGGCUUGAUGCUUGGUGUGGGGCAAGAAAGUGGGCGAGUAACUCGACUAACCUUACUUUAGGGAGUAUUACUAGAAAGAACUAUGAAGAGAUGGGGCAUGAUUAUCUCAAGGAACAUUUUGCUUCUAAUUUGUAUGUCCCUACACCUGUGAAUAUUCAGUAGUUUGAUGGAUAAAGGAGAGGCAUUUGUGAGUACUUUGGCCCCCCAGAAAAAAGAUUCCCUGCUCAUUUUUUGUCAGACAAGAUUUAAUUAUGUCUAACGACGUUAAAGAGAAAGAAGGAAGGAAGGAAGGAAGAAAGGAAGAAAGGAA